AUGGAAAACUCUCAUUUACCUGGCAAGAAUAGGAAUAUAUCUCCUGACUCCAUCUCCAACAAUGGUGAAGAAGCUCACAACUAUUCUUUUUACAAUCCUUUCUCUGAUAAAUCUUCACCUUCGUCGGACAAUGGUGAUGACCACAACCACGAAAAGCCGAAAGCAACUGCCGGUCAUUUGACCCCAUCGCCCCCAUCUAAAACAGCUGGCCGGAACAAUUCCCCAGUCUUGCAUUCCACUGAUUCCCCAUCAUCUGCUCUUUCCUCUCAAAGUUCCGUGACAUCCACAAGCCCCAAUCACGUGGUAAAGAGGAAUCAUCCUCUUCCCAACGAGCUGGGUUUAUCGGCUAGUGGAUUAGCAACAACACCAUUGAUAGUGGAUCAAGCUUUAGUGGACUUGGCCAUUGCUUGGAGUCGCAGAUUGUUUGAACUCCCCGGUCCCACAGAAGGUGGACAUCUCCCUCUCCUCCAGCAGUUCGGGGCUCGUCUGCGGCCUAUUAUUUGGGAGCGCCUGAGAGAGCUGAGGGGAAGGGAGCCACCAUUUGAAGUUAGCCCUGAGACUACAUAUGAUUUCAUACUACGACUCUUGAAGCUUCUGUGUUUUUCCAAUCUCGAGUCUGAGACGGUUAUGGAAAAAGCUAUCAAAGGAACAGUGCUGUUGCAGGAAGUCGUCAAGCUAGUCAAAGAAGCGCAAGGCCUGAUGAUCAUAAAAAGUAAUUUGUAA